UAACACGUGGGCGAACAGCUGUUCACAGGGCAGGCUGUGUCUCCGUGUCUGCCUGUCUCUCUGUGUCUCUCUCUCUGUGCCUCUGUCCAUCUCGUCGUGUGUGUGUGUCUGUCUGUCGAUCUGGAUUGAUGUCUGUGCGCUGAUCUCUUUGUCUCAGUUUCUUUUUGUGUCUCUCUCGGUCUAUGUCUGCCUGUCUAUCUGUCAUUGACGGUCUCUCUGCCUCUCUAUUUGUUGGGCUGUCUGCCCGUCCGACCCUACAUCCGUCCGUCCGUCUGCCUGCCUUCCUGCCUUCCUAAUAGCCCAGUAUCUGUCCGCCUGCCUUCCUGCCUGCCUAUCUGUCCACCCUUCUGUCUGUACUUCCCAUUCAUCCAUCCGCCCAUCCCUCUGCCAACCCAUCCAUCUGCCUCUCUAUCUGCAUAUCUGACCGUCUAUCCCGAAAACCCACCCAACCCAACCAACCCCCAUUCAUCCCAUCCCACCGCGUCUGCCGUUCUCUCCAGAUAUCUUGCCAGACAGACAACUCAUCCGGACAUCAUCCUCCCGUCUGCCUAUCCGUUCACCCAUUCUGUUGUCCAUCUCGUCCCUCCUCCCUCCCAUUCACCCAAAGUUCACCCAAUCUCCACGUGCGUCCACCAGCCCGCCCGUCCGCCUCUCGCCACGUGAAUCUCGCGGUGUUACGGGGACCACCACCACCACACCACACAGCUCAGAGCGGCCACAGAGUCAAAGCCUCUGAAACGUCGGCAGAGACGGACGGGGAAGGAGACGAGAGGCAGGAGGAAGGGAAAUGUCUUCGGGCGGGACGGACACGGACACGGGGCCGGGCCGUGUUCUGUUCGAGGCGGCUGGGUCCCCGCAGGAGGGCCACCCCGAGCAGCGGAGGCCGUGGAAGGUGACCGUCAAGUACGACCGCAAGGAGCUGCAGAGGCGCCUCGAACUCGAGGAGUGGAUGGAGACGCAGCUCGGGCAACUCUUCCCCGGCGGCGAGGCGGACGUCCCUGAUCUGGAGAUCGAUGUGGAGGAGCUACUGGAACUGGACGAGGAUGAGGACAAGGCGAAGAAAUUGCGGGUGAUCCUGCAGGGCUGCAGUAAAAACCCGGAGGGCUUUAUCCGCGAGUUGCUGCAGAGGCUGAAGAGUGUUCGCAAGCUGAGCACGCCGCAGAAGAAGUGAAUCCUCGUGUGGGGCGCGCGGUGAUUAACGACGCGCUGAGCGGCUUCUUCCGUGUCCCCUUGCCGUAGCCGCAUAGGCAGCGUCUUUAAAAGGAAGAGAUCAAACGCAACGGACAAAAAGUCAAUCAAAGUUACUUUAAUCAAACGUAUAGCUCUGGCCAUAAUUCUCAGUCGGCAUUGAAGUUUUUUUUAUUAAGCAACUUCUACAGGAGCUAUCUCCAGAGCUCUUGGUCAUGGAGAGGCCAUUCCGCCAGCAGUGGCGAGAGCAAGAAAUUGCAGGGCUGCACCUUUACCUUUUUUAAAAAAGAUCGAGGCACCAGGCCCCGGUGCGUGGUGAAUUUACGACUGACGGCAGCAGUCACGGCAAUCGCCAAGUCUUUCCAAAAUUCUUCCGUCACCUUCCACACUUGCGCGCACUUUUAAGUCAUUAGAUUUAAAACGAAUAUUUUUAGAACUGAUUUUUGUGUUUAGUUUGUUGUCCUUCCCCCCCCCUCCCGCACCUCCCAGUGAGCACGUUCGGCUACGUCCGGUGCGAAAGAAGUUCAACAUACACACACACACGCACGCUCGCAUUCCGCUCUGUUGAGACACCACCAGUGCGGUCCUACAGGCAUUCAACGCGGCCACAGGGAGAAGAAGAAACGCGAAUCAACGUUUAUUCUGGCAGAUCUCUUCGUGUGUAUGUACGUGCUCCUUGAUGACGAUCGCGCUCUGCAUCGCAGCCUCGUCGUCAUUCACGUUUCCCAACCAAGGUCGACAGCUUGUAACACGUAGCCUUCCUCGAGCGAUAUUAUCCACGAUUUGUUUUGCGGUUGGAUCGCGUCGUCAGGCACCAGCUCUGUCCAUCUGUCUCCAGCAUGGCGACACGCCGACUCAUGUGAACAUGAUCCAAUAUGAACGAAACCUGUACUCCGAUAGUCAUCGGCCUUGUUGUUGGCGUGAAGAUCCCCUCCCGCAGGUUACCAAGGCCACAAUGCACAGAGGGAUCACAUGUCCCCACACCACGAGUCGAUGUGGUUGUUAGUGUAAGGCUAUGUGUUUCACGAUGUGUCCAAGUGAGUCAUGCUUGCUGUGUGUGGAAUAUCUGUUGGAACUUCUUUCGCACCGUACGUAGCCAACCGUGCUAAUUGAAGGUUGCGUAUCGGUGACAACUUUAGGUCGGUACCACUUCAUAAAAAUUUUAAUACCGGGACUGGAUUAAGUUUUGAUGGGGAGGGGGGGGUGUCCCUUUCCAUGGCUGUUAUAGUUUGUUUUCGUAGUGGGAGGGAGGGAGGCAUUUUCUGUUGGUAAAUGUGAAUUUUCAAGCCAAAUCUAAAGUUUUAACGAACAAAAAACAAUGUUGAGUUCGGGACACAGGUGGCGGUGUGAUACGCAGAGUGACGCUGUGGCAUUACUUACCAGACUACACUGUAUGGGGGAUGCAUUAUCGUGCUGGAGUAUUGCGUUUCAACCAUUAUAAAUCAGUCUUUUAACAUGUCUAUAUUUAUAUUUGGGGUUCCUCAACAUCCCAUGUCUCGGGUUCUCGUUAAUCCGGCCCUGGUUGACACAAAAACUAAUAAUUGUAUUUAAUACGGCGCCGAUCAUGCAAAUCGGAUCUCAGAAUCAUAAUAUUUCUACUGGAGGAGGAAUCCGAUGAGCUAUGAAGCUCUUUUUUACAGGCGUCCAGUUGGGGUGGGGGGAGAACGUGACGACAAGCAACACAGAAGCACGAUAGGAGUGCAAAGUGUAGGAAGGGUAAAUAAAUCACUUAAUAAAACAUCCAAAUUAAACUAAACUAUUUUUUUAUUUCUUUCACUGAGCCAUUAGCUUUUUUUUCAGAAGCGACCUGGCCACAAAUGAUUAUAAGCUCAGCGACGUAGCUUACAUUUCGAUUUAAAGCUUUCGUGACUGCAGGGAUUCAUCUUCUUGGUUCUUUCCUGUUCUUCACCUGAGGACGGCUGCUUGCGUUGUGGCCAAAACGUCGUGAGAAUUAUUUUAUUAUGUUUUAUUUUUAUUAUUUUAUUACUUCCCUUCUACGUGACUUUACCGAAAGAACCAAGAAGACGUAGCUUACCUCAAGUCGCUGAACAUUGCGAACCACAUUUUAACAGUUUAACACGUAGUAUUAUUCAUAAUCGAGGUUUUGGUUUCGAUCGCGUUAUUAUAAACGUGUCGCAUGUACAACAACAACAGAUACCACUUUGACGUGAAUGCCGCAGAGACUCGACACAAGAAUACAACUGGUUCGUGUGGGGGGGCAGCUGGGGGGUGGGACAAGUGUAACGCAACUUGUGUGCCAGGUCUCGCCUUGUCCAGGGCAAAUGCCGUCUUAGUCUUCUGCAGCUGUGGUUUUCCCCGAAUUCAUCGCUCAAAGGUGCCGCUCAUGUGCCUAAAUGCGUCUCGCUCACCCUGUUCGCAGAGUAAUCGUAAUGACAGAGUAGCAGGAGUAAUAAUAGCACCGACAUCACUGGCGCGAGAUAAAUAAGGGGGCUUCCUGCUGUUAAAAUCUCAGUGCUGGUUUUUAAUCAAAGCCUUGGGGGGGGGGGGGUGGGGGGGGCUUUUCCGUCUGCAUAUCUUUGGUACGAUCCCACCGGCGCGGGCAGUUUGAAACAACGGUGGAGAGAUUUCGAUUUAAAGCUUUCGUGACUGCAGGGAUUCAUAUUCUUGAUUCUGUCGGUAAAGUCACGUAAAAGGGAAAUAACAAACUAAUAAUAAAAAUGAAACUAUACAAAAAAAUAUUUUUUAUUUUGAAAAAUUAAAACUUAAAUUGCUUUUAUUUUUAUGAUUUCCCUUAUACGUGACUUUACCGAAAGAACCAAGAAUAUAACGGUGGAGGGGUUUCUUAAAUUCCACGAGAUGCCUCGUACCCGUGGAUUAACGCCGUGUCGGUGGCACAAUUAUCCAUAAAAAAAAGUGGGAAAAGACCAAAAAAAAAAACCUCGCAUUUUUAUUAUUGACCGUGUGGUUGUGGAAAUAUAAUCCAAUUUGUGGUUGGGCCCACUGUGGUGUUAAGUUGUAUGACCUUUAGCUGUUCCGACUGCGUCUUUUUGGUGCUAUAUCAACCGGAUAACUUAUCGUGUUCUCCAUGGUAAACCUGCACGUUGGUGGAUUCCUUGUUUGAAUACAAAUUGAGCGAUGAGGUUUACGACAAAACACUCGGGACGCCGCGAUAUGGUGACGCUGCGGUAUGCAGCGCGAUUUAAUUUUCACUCGAAUUGUAUCAUCUCUGUAUUGCCAAUAUACAGGGCGUUUAAAAAAAGAUGGACCCGUUUUGAAAUCGCUAUAUCUCUGCAACCACAAACCGCCCAUGAAUGAAACUCUUACCACUUGAAAGGGCGGGGCAUAGAGAGGGCGGGGCAUAGAGUUUCAAAUGAUCACCGCUAGAUGCCUCUCCCAGCGCACAAACAGCCCCUAGCCUCAGUCAUUCGCAAGACGGUGACCCCGCAACACAAGGGGCGUAUUGCGUUCUGCAGUUCAGCAAGACUGAAUCCGUAAUUGCGGUGCAGCGUGCGUUUCAACGGCGUUGUGGCUUUGAUCCGCCAAUGUCAAAGAGCGUUCGUCGUUGGUAGCGACAAUUUGAGGAAGCAGGCUGUUUAUGUAAAGGGAAGAGCAAAGGGCAACCACGCGCCUCAGAGGAAAACGUGGGAAGAGAGGCGUUUGGGACGAAUUCAACUAUCGUCUCGAUGUUGUCCGUGCAGCAGGUGGAGGUCACAUAGAGCAUUUAUAAAAUGGUUAGUAAAACUUGAUAACUCAUUAAACCGUUUGUAACUUUUUGUGUAAUUAUAACAUGUUGCCAUCGUGAAAUAUACUGCUUUGAAAGUGGGUCCAUCAUCUUCAAACACCCUGGAUAUUUUAUUGCGUGAUUGGCGUUGCUCAGUUCACUUUUCUAAACAUAUUUUUAAACGAUAUCAUGUCAUUUGUUUUUACUAAUAACCCUCCACGUCACCCAACAGAGCCAAUCAAAUCAAGCUGCCACGUGGGCAAAUAUCCCAAGAGAUUUGGUUUUUCAUCAAUGGCCCGGGUGAGGCUGGAUGUAACGUCCAGUGACUAACGCUCUCUGUUCCGUCCGCGACUGCACGCGCGCUCAAAACACCACGGGGUCGUGAACUUUUGAAACAAAGUCCGAACAAAACGUAGUCCCUUUUGGCGGCGGGAAACUUUUCAAACUGUUUUCUAUUUAUGUAUUGCUUUAUUUAUGAGUGACACUGUUUUAUAAAUAACUGCACUCCUGUUUAUAUUUGAGCCUGCUUUAAGUUACAAAGCGUGGCUAUUGUGAACACUGUUUUUUUUAUAUAGUAACCUAGCUGCCUUUUAGUGUACGUUAUGUUUUGAUGUUUAACAAUGAAGUUUUCUAGGAAAGCCAUAACAGGCGUAGCUGUGACGGUGGUGACAGUGAGCAGCUUUGAGGUCGCGUUAUGGACCGGGCGAGUCGCGGUUCUUCACCACCCCUCAGCUGAUUUCUUGUCACGAUUCCGGCUCACGAUUUUGGUUUGAUGAUUAUUUUUUUUAAACUUGUCUCGUUCAUGCUAUUCCCCCCCCCACUCCCCCGUCUCGUUUGUAUCGUUUGUAUCGUUUAUACUCCAUGCCACGUUUGUAUUUUGACUUCCUCAUUUCACCCGUCUUGCUUUGUACCGUCUGUUUACGUAACGUGCGUCUCAUUUGUGGCGUCACUUAACAACAAUAAUAAUAAGAUACAUUUAUAGCUCGCCAGAUUUUGCACGCAAGUCGACAACUCGGAGGCGCGGAGCCAAUCUCAGGGCUAAUCGGAAGCCCUGGGACCCAACACAGAUUGAUGCCUUUUGAUGGUUCUUGAAAGUCUGAGUGCGUUUGAUGUUGCGGAUGCCCCAAAGGGAUUCGAGAGCUCCACACGGAGGCGGCGAUUGCUGAGGAUGCGACGUGAAGCUGUAACGUUUCGAGACCUUCGGUGGCUGGCGCAGAUAUUUUUUUUGAGUGAACGCUGCGUAGGGUUCUACCGUGAGCCUUCGGCGCAAGGCGAAAAUAUCGAGGCUUGGUGGUUGGUGGGAAACCGGUGGUGAAGACGCGAUGAGAGAGGCAGGCGCGAUUUUAUCAUUUUUCCUGCCAGGGAAAGUAAGCCGAUGAAGGGUUACGCGUUUGUGUACCCGUCCGUCUUGUCGGCAGUGUCUCCACGAUGUUUGGGAUCGUUUGCAUCAUCAGCAUUGUCUCCUCUGUUGUCGUGGGGCUCGCUCAUCCCGUCUGGUUUGUACCUCUCUCUUUUGGGGGCCGUCCAUAAAUGACGUCACGCGAUUUUGGACGAUUUUUGACCCCCCCCCUCUCUCGUCACACGGCGUCACAAAAAGUCAGACCCCCCCCCCUCAAAUAUGACGUCACAAAGCUCUGCCCC